AUGCCACUCACCGAGAAACACGAGGCCGAGGCCGAGACACCGAGUGUCGAGCUCACCCUCUCCCCGGACGAGCGCAAGGUCGCUGAGCGCCGCCUCGUCCGAAAGGUCGACUGGAUUCUCACCCCCCUCCUCGGCAUCACCUUUGGCAUGCAAUACUACGACAAGGCGGCGCUCGGAAGCGCAGCUGCGUUCGGUAUCCUCAAGGAUCUCAACCUCUCCACCACUCACAAUGGAAAGACAUCGACAACGCGGUACUCUACCGCCGUGGCAGCCUUUUACUAUGGCUACAUUGUCGCUGUGUUGCCCAUGGCACUCUUGUUUGCGCGCUACAACCUCCGCCUGAUGACGGGUAUCGUCGUCACACUCUGGGGCGUCGUGGCUAUCCUCACUGUAGUCGUACAGGACUACCCCGGCCUCUACGCCCAGCGCGUCUUCCUCGGUCUCCUUGAGAGCGGCGUGUCACCAUGCUUCGUCGCCAUCAUCGCAUUGUGGUACAAGCCUCGUGAGCAGGCUGUCCGUAUGGGAUACUGGUACUCUGCGUGUGGUAUCUUCUCCAUGUUCUCCGGCGCAAUCAACUAUGGCCUCGGUAGAGCUGGUGGACCCCACGCGUGGAAGAACAUCUACUACUUUUGUGGCGGAGUGACCAUCUUCUGGGGCAUCUUCCUGGGCAUCUUCCUCCCCACUUCUCCCCUCCAGCCAGGGCGUCUCUUCAAGGCGGACGAGGCAGCCCUCCUCCGCCGCAGGUUUGAGGAGAACCCCUUUGCCCGUGAUCGCCGCCCCUUCAUUGCCGCACAGGCAAAGGAGGCCCUCCUGGACCCCAAGACGUGGAUCUACCUCGUCAUCGCAGCCCUCCUGUACCUCUGCAAUGGCGCUAUCACCGGCUUCGGACCCAUCAUCAUCAAGUCGAUGGGGUACUCGGGAGUUAACAGUGUCGCGCUCACCAUCCCGGGUGGCGCGGUUACCGCCGUCACGAUCUGGCUCUUCUGCUGGCUCGCGGACAAGUAUGGCCACCGAACGCUGUGGUUCAGCGUGUCGUGUGUGCCCGUUAUCGUCGGCGCCAUUACAAUCUGGGCAGCACCUUGGCACCCAACUGUCGGCCCGCUCAUCGGAUACUACCUCGUGGCUGCGUUUGGAGCGCCAUAUGUCAUCCUCCUCGCUCUCGCGAGUGCGAACACUGCUGGCUCGACCAAGAAGGCUGUGACGAACGGUGCCAUCUUCAUCGGUUACAACGUUGGCAACAUUGCCGCCGCAUACACCGUCAACACCGAGGAAGCCCUAAUCCGCUACAGGACCACUUGGAUCACCAUCAUUGUCUCGCAGGCCGUGUCGUGUGUGCUCAUGUUCGUCUUGCGAAUCCUGUGGCAGCGCGAGAACCGCCACCGCGACGGCAUCAGCUCCCCGCCCUCAGACGGGGAGGACAAGAUCGUGCAGCGUCUCGAGGAGUACGAGGACUUGACGGACCGCCAAAUCGCCUCGUUCCGGUACACCCUGUAG